AUGAUCAUUGCUGAUCUCGAGAAUCAUCGUAUCGUCCAAUGGAAGAUGGGUGAUACGAAUGGACAAGUUAUAGCUGGUGGCAAUGGGAAAGGAAAUCGAAUGGAUCAGUUGAAUUAUCCAACCGAUGUGCUAAUCGACAAAGAGACUGAUAGUCUCAUUAUUUGCGAUGCAGAGAAUAGACGAGUCGUACGAUGGUCUCGUCGUAGUGGUACAACUCAAGGAGAAAUCCUCAUCGACAACAUCGAUUGUUGGGGAUUAUUCAUGGAUGAUCAGAGAUAUCUCUACGUCUCUGACUGGAAAAAACAUGAAGUAAGACGAUAUCACAUAGGAGACCAGAAUGGAAUUAUCAUGGCUGGUGGAAAUGGCAAAGGUGCUGGUUUCAAUCAACUCAACUUGUCGCCCGACAUCUUCGUCGAUCAACAACAGACUGUCUACGUGUCAGACAACAACAAUCAUCGUGUGAUGAAAUGGAAUAAAGAUGCAAAAGAAGGAAUUGUCGUCGCCGGAGGUCAAGAUCAAGGGGAAGCUCCGACACAAUUGUCACAUCCUAACGGACUAGUCGUCGAUACAUUGGGUACCAUCUAUGUGACAGAAGUAGGGAACGAUCGAGUGAUGCGUUGGCCUAACGGAGCAAAACAGGGUACUGUCAUUGUGGGUGGAAAUGGCCGAGGAGCAGGAGCAAAUCAGUUCAAUGGUCCUGUUGGUUUGUCCUUCGAUCGACAAGGCAAUCUCUAUGUCGUCGAUUUCAGAAAUAAUCGUGUUCAAUUUUUUUCAAUUCAAUAA